UGGAGCUGCGGGCGGGGAGCUCGGCCGGUCCCAGCAGGAGUGCGGAAGUCGGGCACGCUCGGAACUCGCCUCCCUCGCCCCUGCAGGCAGGCAGCUAUGGCUGGCGCGCUGCGUAGCAGGAUGGGGCCUCUCGUGGCCUCUGCGCCUUGGCGCCGGAGAUGUGGAGCCUCGGCGCUCCGAUGCCGCCCCUGCUGCCCGGAGGAGCCCGAGGCUGUUCGCAGCGCCUCGAGCCACGCGGCGGGGCUCGUGUCCUGCGCGGGCUCUGGGGGCCAGCCCCUUUUUGGCGCCCCGGGGAAGAGCUCCCCCACUCGCCCCAGCCUCCCGCGCCGCCGUUGUUCCCACCGCGUGGUGGACCUGCGGAGCGACACCGUGACCCGACCCAGCCCCGCGAUGAGACGAGCCAUGGCUCAGGCGGAAGUGGGCCAGGACGACUACGGGGAGGACCCCACCGUCAAUGAACUGCAGAGAGUGGUGGCUGAGCUCCUUGGAAUGGAAGAGGCUCUGUUUGUUCCCACAACCACCAUGGCCAAUCUCAUUGCCGUCAUGUGCCAUUGUCACAGACGAGGGGCGCAGGUCCUACUCGGGAAGAAGUCCCACAUCCAUGUUUUUGAGCAGGGAGGGGUCUCCCAGGUGGCUGGAGUCCAUUCACAGCUGUUGCAGGAACUGCCCAAUGGGACCUUCUGUCUUGAUGAAGUGGAACGCAAGAUCCAGGAGUCCCACAGAAGCAAGUAUUACCCUUGCCCUGAGCUCAUCUGCCUGGAGAACACACACUGCUCAGCCGGGGGACGCAUCCUACCUCUCACGUACCUGCAGGAAUUGAGUCAGCUAGCCCAGCGGUACGGGUUGCGGAUACACAUGGAUGGUGCCCGUUUGCUUAAUGCUGCUGUGGCACUGGGAGUGCCAGCAACUCAAAUCUCUCAGCACUGUGAUUCCAUCUCUUUCUGCCUCUCUAAGGGUGCGGGAGCACCAGUCGGCUCACUUCUGGUAGGAUCCAAAGAUUUCAUCUCCGAAGCCUGGCGUGUACGCAAGCUCCUUGGAGGUGGGAUGUGCCAGGCAGGGGUUCUGGCAGCAGCAGGCCUUGUUGCAUUAAGCCAUGUGGAGGAGACACUGCAAAGGGAUCAUAGCAACGCCAGGUGCUUUGCCCAAGGUGUCUGUGAUCUUGGUUCUCCUCUCUGCUCCAUAAAUCCAGCCACAGUGGAGACCAAUAUUGUCAUGGUGACAUUGUUAACACCCAGGCUGACUCCUGACAGAUUGUGUGAGCUAAUGGAGGCCGUGAGUGCAGAGGAGAUUGCUGUCACAGGCCAUGCCAUUAGCGUGCAGCUCUUCCCGUGGGGUGAGCACUGCUUCCGUGCUGUCUGGCACUGUGACAUCUCCCCUCAUGACACACAACUGGCUUUGAACAAAUUGCACUUUGUGCUGGACAACUGUGGGCAGUGACAUCCUUUCAGCCUGCAGACCAGAAGUUUAAGUUGGUGCUUGGCAUGCCAAUGUGGAAUUAAGCCAAGGCAGGCUCUCAAAACUCAGUUAUGUUAGUUUCUGAUUCAAUUGUGCCAAUCGACCUGAAAUCAAGGCUGACGUCUACAUAUUGUGCAGGGCUUUGCAGUAGAAAUGUAAGCCUGAACUCCAAACCCUAUGCACACAAAAGAACAAACAAGUGCCUACUGUUCCUGACCUCCCUACAGAUUAGACCAAGAUUCAAGACACACUUCAUCCUUUGAUCAUAGUUGACAGUCAGCAUAUCCAAGACCUAAAAUAUAGUCUUCACUCUGCUCUGCAUAUUGUCCUCUGCUACAAUGGCAUCUUGUUAUUAUUCUACAUUCAGUAGAAUGAUAAAAACAGCCAGAUAUGGCUGGUCGUUCCCCUGCUAUGGAGAGUCAGUUUUAGGAGUGCCAACUAAAAUCUAGAAGGUGAACUUUCCAGAAUCAUUUUCUUUACAGACCUCAGGCUACCUGCUCCAGAGCUUUCUUCCAAAGGAGUUGCUGUCUCUUCAUGACCUGGAACCCAUUCUGCAUGAAAAUAGGUGUUCUCCUUUUCCAGCCUCAUCAGAGAGUGCAGUAGCAGACUUUUGUGAAACACUAGUGUCCACUUUUUUUCAGUCUGCUACCAACACCCCGUGUGCCUCUGUGUGUAAGAGACUUUCUGCAGGCUGCAUCAUGCCCUUGUUUCAGGAAAGGAGGCAGAACUAGCAGGAUCUUAGGACAAAGAAGUCAUAUAGAGUGACCUGCUGCAGACAGUAGCAGUGAACAUUCUGGAACAACGAUUAAACUGUCUCCUUGACAGCUCCUCUCUGGUACAGCAAGCAUUGUACCCACUGCUGACAGACUCCUCUGUCUGAAAGGAAUCACUUUUUUUCAAAUAAUUCUACAUGUGCUUACUGGAUCCAAAUAUUGCAAGGUGUCCAAGGCACACCAAAGGAAGACGACCAUACUUAAUGGGAAUAACUAUGUAUAGAAGGGGACAAAGUAAGAAAUUCUUGGGAAAGGGACAGGGUGCUGCUUUCUAAUCUUUCUGUCUCAGCUUUGCUUGCCUAUUUAGAGGCUGAGGAAUGGAGCUUUCAGUGUCAUCCCUCCUAGUGCCUCAUCAAGCUGACAAGCAAACAAGGUGACUGCUAGGCCUUAUGAAUAAAAGCUGGUUCCUCACAUAACAUCCACAGAGAUACCUUUCUAUCUUCCAGCCACAGCCCUGGUCCUGUGGUCAAGGGGUGUCUGUGUGUUGCAGCUAUGAAGGAAGAGGAAGCAGCACCAGCCAGGAUUUCUUAUAAGGAACAGGGAAGGGAAGAGUGAAGGGUUCUCUUGCAGCCCUGUAAUCUCUCCCCACCCCCCACCACCCAAUUCCAUUCUCCUAUCCUUUUAACGGUGGUCAAAUUGACACUGAACAUGCAUUGGGCUUCAGUUGGAGCUGCCGAGCAGCCAGGAGAAACAGGACACCAGCCAGUCCCUCGGUGCCAAAAGAGAGCCAGGCGAGAGCCAGGGACCAGCCAAAGGCAAUAUGGACGUGCUUAAAGCGCUCCUGGUCAAACAUACGAACUGUCUCUGUGAAUGCUGCUCCAGAGUAGCAGAUGUAGAUGCUAGUUCCGGACAGCGUCAGCAGCGCUGGGUAGGAAAGAAAGAGGUGGGGAAAAAAGUUGUAUCAGAGAUGCAGGCUGGACAGCAGGCAUUGCCUCCAAAUAGGGAGAGCCUGACCCUUAAAUUUUAGUGAUAGUUAGAUAAAGUCUCCCUUAGCAGAGACAACAAGGUUUUCAUCUUUGUCAUUAAGGCAAAACAGCUACUUUAAGCAGGUGGUAUUGGUUGUAUAAAACAUCGAUUUUUAGCUAUUUAAUUCAUUUUCCUUGCACAUUAGAAGGGCUAUCAGCUUCGAAAUACACAUUUUGUAAAUUGUGUAUAUACAACUGAGCGAUUCAGUACAAUCAUGCAAUACUGGGGAAUUCUCAAUGGGGUCAGAAAAAUAACCCCAAUUCAAUCACACAAUGUACCUUUAAAAAAUCUUUCUAGUUGCCUACUACUUGCCUCUCCUCUAGUUCAGGAUUGCCUAUCCCACCCAGGUUGUGGUUCUUUGGGGCAUCAGGCUGAGAUGCCCCACAUUGACUGAUACUUGCUCCUUUGCAGGAGAUUCCAGGGCUGAACCUGGAACACUAAACUGCCAUUUCAGAUAAACAGUUUCAGGAAUCAAACGUACCUCAAGAGAAGCAAAAUUUUAGAAACGUGAAAAAAUUGGCUUUAUUGCACAGAAAUGUCAGCAAAAAGAAGAAAUUUGAGAGGCAAAUUGAAAUACAUGAGACCCCCACUUGUCUGAUGGGUUAGGGGCCACACCAUUGUCAGAAAGUGAGAUCAGUUGAAAAGUGGAAUCCAGAUUAUUUAAUUUUACAAAUGCAUGUUGGCCACUGCAACACAUACCAGUAAUACACUUCUUGAAUGUGUGGUCAAGCUGAAAGAGCUUUUGCAUGCAUCUAAAAGUGUUUCAAGGUGGUCUCUGCUCUUUCCGUAGGCAAUUUUUAGGAUCAUAUAUGUGUGUGCGAGCAAUCCCAAGCAUGCCUCUUAGGCAAGAACUGAGAAAUGAAAUGAUCCCUCAACAAAUUAAUGAAAUGUAUCUGCCAUUUGAAAGCAUUUAAAAAGUGAGUUGUCAGAAAGCAACCUAUCAGAAGGUGGGGAAAGUCUAUACAGGCAGUCCACAAGUUAGAAACAAGAUAGGUUCUGUAGGUUUGUUCUUAAGUGAAUUUCUAUGCAAGUUGGAACAGGUACAUUUUUAUGUGUAAUUCCAGCCAAAAUAUAUAUUCUUUAGCUUUGGAAGGCAUAGGAAAGGGUUAACACUCCUGUAACAUUUCUUCCUCCAUCGUGGUCAACUGUGAAAUACGCACAUAUGGUAUCCCUCAGCCUAUGCUGACAGUUCACGGAAUCUUCUAGAGCUCUCCCAGCGGAAGCCCCACCCACUCUACCCCAUGACCUAUAUAUAGCCAGUCUGAGGGGCUGCCGCCCAGUUCCCUUUUUUCCGCUUGACAGUUAAGAGAAUCCUUUCUCUGCUCUCCACUUUAAAGAGUAAAUUUUGACUAAUGGCAUCAACUACUGCCUUUAAAAGAUGUACCUCUUGCAGAGGAAAAUUACCAGACACUGAUGGGCACACAAUGUGCCUUUUAUGCCUAGGAGAAGGGCACAUAGUGCAAUCCUGUGCCAUCUGUCAGGGAUUCACCCCCCAGGCAAGAAGAAAUAGAGAAUCGCGUCUAAAAGCGAUGCUCUAUGAACAAGCAUUGCUGCCUUCCUCAGUUUUGGAAAGUCAAAAUACCUUAUCAGAAGUUUGCCAAAAUCCUGCAGUUCCUGAGAGAAAAAAAUCCAAGAAAUUCAAAAAUUCAACGACUAUAACGGCCCCCCAAAAUGGCGGUGGACGUCAGGAUGGCUCAACUUUACCUCAGAUAAAUAAAGAUAAGAAUCGGCAAUCCUCAGCACCAUUGCUAGUCGUGGCUGCUAAUGAGGAUCAACAAAUUAAGCCCUCUCCGACGCUCCCGGAAGAGGUGCUUGCACCCCAGCCUCAGACUGUUGAAAACCAGGAGGAAACAGAGGUUUCCCCGGGGGCAAAAGCCGAAUCCCAGGAGCAAGUACAGGCUUCGGGCUCGACGCCCGCAAUGCCAAUCCUGGAAGGGCCUGAAGGCCAAGUAUCAAAAUGGAAUGGAGCAAUGCAGGCUCCCUCCUUACCUAUUGGGCUCCAUAGCCCAGGAAUGGAAGUUUCUCGCCUCCGCAAAAGGCAUCGGAGCCGAAGCCCAUCCCGAGGCUCCAAACGCCUGCGCAGAGGCCAUAGCCACUCCCGACGCAAGCAUAGGAGUCAUAGCCACUCCCACCGCUCCCAUCAGCAUCGACGUAGAAGGCCUAGCCCCUCCUCCUCCAGCAGCCACUCCUCGGAUUCGAGCACUGGAGGCUUGUCAUCAAGCUCAAGCAGCUCAGGAAGGGCUCGAAAUCGAGGCAGGAAGAAUUCAAGAAGGGAAAGGGAGGAGCGUCCCCUUUCAAAUCAAUGGAGAGGAGUUCAAUAUGAAUACCAGGGUCAACAGGCAAAUCUGUGGCAUAUCUCCCCAGAUGGACAAUACUAUUAUUUUGGACCACCUGGCUCAAAUGUGCCUCUUCCCCAAGGAUUAGCCAAUUGUAAUCCUAUACAAAUGUAUGAGGUUAACCCCUUAAUUGACUCAGUCCCAAAAGAGGGCUCUCUAGAGCAUUCCUUAGCAACAAGAGAACUGCAGAAUGCUGGGGUCUCAAAGGAAAACACCAAUAAAACUAUAACUCAUCAAAAAUUACUUGCUCCCUCCUCUAAUAUUGAGAAUAAUGCAGCUACAAUAUCUAACCAAAAUUUAAAUAUAGCUACAUCAGUAGCAAUGUCUGGAUUAGGACUACCACAGCCACCAAUACAAGCUAUACCCAAGAUAUCAAGACUAUCUCACUCACAACAAACAGAGAUCUUGGAAUCGGAUUCAAGUGAUAAUACAGAACAAUUACAAAGCAUCCUUGUGGACAAUGAUGAGUCAUUAACAACUUCUGAGGAGCUACAUAGUUUCUCAUCUCUGAUGAUCCGAAUGUCUAAAGCACUAGCUUUACCUACCCCUAAAAUACCUACCACUGUGGAUGAUCCUCUCUUUCCAGCGGCUCAACAAAGACCACCAGCACCAACAACAUUACCUGCACUACCGUUUUUCCUUCAGCUGGCAGGUGCAAUACCAACCGCGCCAGCAGCAGUACCAGCCAUACCUAGAUAUGUAGACAACAUGUAUAAACUAGACACUUCCUCAGCAGAAUGGCUGGCACGUCCACCUAAACCAAAUUCAGUAGUUGCAGACGCAACUCAUGCCAAGCGCCUUAGAAGGCAAAUGCCAACACCACCAGACAAAGAAGGACGCAAAAUUGACGCCCUGGGUAGAAGAGUGCAUACCUCUGCAGCAUUAUUUACAAGACUAGCCCACUAUGGUGCAUAUAUGGGGGCUUAUCAAACCCUUUUAUGGUCAAAAAUUGAGCCUUUUAUUAGUCUCUUGCCUCAUGAUCAACAAAGACUGGCCAGAGCAUUCCACCUUGAGGCUAUUUCUUUGGCUAAGCUGCAGAAAGACUUAGGGAAACAUAUGGCAGACUCUGCUGGGAAACUAUUCGCUACAGCUACUUCGAUUCGCCGGCAUGGCUGGCUACGUGCAUCAGGACUCUCGGAAGAAGGUCGUGCUGUUGCAGAGGACCUCCCUAUGGACAAUACAGGUCUUUUUAACUCAGAAACUGAUGCCAAUCUGAAACAUGGCCAAGAAAUGAGACAAACAAUGUUUAAAUACGGUUACCAGCCACCAUAUCAACAGAGGGGACGCUGGCAGCCAAUCAUGCAACCCUUUUACAGGAGAUCAGAUAGACAACAAGGUGCAGGCUAUAAUAAAUUCAAAGGGGCAUCACAAUUUAGAUACAAUUCUCAGAGAAAACAAUCUUAUCAAGCAAGAGGUCGAGGCACUGGUAAAAUGAGGAAUCUAGGUGGCCCAAAGCGUCGGCUUUAGCGACUCGCCAAAAAUAAAAACCCAAGUUGACAUUUCCUCAUCCCGCCCAUUGGCGGAUUGUGAACCAUUAGUUACAAAACCUAUAGAAAAUACAUUUAAAUUACCUGUUUUUGGUUCUAGACUGGCACCUUUUAUCUCAGUUUGGCGUGGGAUCACGUCUGAUAGCUGGGUGCUCAACAUUAUAGAGUUUGGUUAUUUUAUAGAGUUUUCUAAACUUCCACCAGUUGGUGUGGUUCGUUUAACUCCCCCCUCUCCUGCAUUAUGGGAAGAGAUCCAAGCACUCCUAAAUAAAGGUGCUAUCAAACACCUUAACCAAGAUAUGUUACCAAAUUGUUUCUUCUCACGUUACUUCUUGGUGCCUAAAAGGGGAGGGGGACGUAGACCAAUUCUGAAUUUAAGGGAAGUAAAUACUUUCAUUAUUUCGAAAAAGUUCAGAAUGAUUACUUUGUCAUUGAUUCUUCCACUACUAAAUAAAGGAGAUUGGUUUGCUA